CUGCAUUUCUUAAUAUCUCCUCUUGACAAGGCAACAGACUCAUUAAGUAGCUUGGAGGGUCCUAGAAGGUGUUUGUGUUUUCAUUGGAGGAUAUCCAGGGACGCAACUCUAGAAGCAAUGUUUGGAAUAUCAGGAUAUUGUGGAUCGUUUCCUGAAUGGAAGCAUUAUUAGCAAGUUUUAGGGAAAAAAAAGCCUCAUUUACAGCUGAGAGGAAAAGCCUCUGCACAGAGCCAGGACUAGGUGAUUGUAUUGAGCUUGCAUUCUCUUAUUGUCAGCUUUUGAAAUGGCUGAAGAAUUUAGUGUGCACCAAGAUGAGCAUAACUUUGAAGACAGCUAUGAUUACAUCCACAACUGGACAGACCUUGAGUACUUUCUCAAUCAGACAUUUUCAACAUGUGAUGUUGAUUUGAAUGAAAAUGUAAAGCAGGUCCUCUUGUUUAUACUUUAUCUCAUAAUAUUUGUUGGGGGUUUGGCUGGAAACCUCCUUGUAUUAUGGGUCAACUGGCAGUCACGAAGAAGCAAGAGUUCAAUCAAUCUCUAUAUUUUCAACAUGGCAGUGGCAGACCUUGGAGUGGUCUUUACCUUACCUUUUUGGAUGUUAGAAACCAUGCUGGAAUAUACUUGGCUAUGGGGUGGCUUCCUAUGCAAAUUUACUCACUACUUUUAUUUCGCCAACAUGUACAGCAGCAUUUUUUUCCUGAUGGCUUUAAGUGUCGACCGUUACUUGACUCUAGUGUCCUCUUCAGUUUUCUGGAGGCAAAAUCAGCAAAGGAUACGCCGGGCUCUUUGUAUUGGGAUCUGGGUACUAGCCGCCAUAUUACCUUUACCAGAGGUGGUUCAUAUGAAGCUGAUGGAUGCAGUAGAACCUGUCUGUGUUUUCAUGGCACCACUUGAGUCCUAUGAUGAAUGGGCUAUAGCUGUGAGUCUACUGACUGUUAUUAUAGGGUUUCUGAUUCCCUUCUCUAUAAUCCUUGUUUUUAACCUAAUGACUGCCUAUUACAUUCGCUGUUCUGGAAGACCUGAAAGUCGAAAGCACUGUUGUCUCAUCUACGCUUAUAUACUGACGUUCCUGUUCAGUUGGCUUCCAUAUCACGUGAUAUUGUUUGUAUUAACACUCCAUGGGAGCUACAUAUUCCUUCACUGCCAGCUGGUCCAUAUUCUCUAUUUUUUCUAUGAGGUGAUUGACUGCAUCUCGUUGCUACACUGUGUGGUAAACCCAAUCCUCUACAACUUCUUCAGUAAGGACUUCAAAGGCAAGUUCAUAAAUGCGGUGGUUAAGUAUAUUCCCAAGGAAAAGAUAACCGUUGAUGGAAAAGAAGAGCGAUCCACUUCAACCACUGACCAUUCAAUAGUAAUUACCAAAGAGGGAGCUCAACCGACCAAUCAUAUGCACCCACUCCCUAUACCAUGAAGAUAGAAUAAUUAUUGUAGACAAAAGGUUAUUUGCUGUUUAUCAAUUAUAUAAUCCACCAUUCUGGGGCUCUAUCUCAUAUUAUAUGCAUAUAAUACACAAAAGCCAUGAAUAUCUUUUAAAUUAUAUCCUUAUGAACGGUGAGUUCUGAUGU